AUGUGGCUUGCUGGUCGUGCCCAGAAUCAUGGGACGUCGACCUUGAACCGACCCGACACGAAGCCCAUCUGGCCCAUCCAGCGUAUCUCUUCACGGGGGGUGCGCCUUCAGCCGCAUAGGCUGUAUGGGCCGCAUGGUGGCGUGCCAUGUAUGCCCUCGGAAAGGAGGUCAUCUGCUUCACGAAGUUUCUGUCUCGUCGGCGCCUUCCUGGCCCUGCGAAUGCCGUCCGGUGUAAGAAGCAGGAGCAGAAGGACAAGUCGUCGGUGUCUGGUGCUACGGCAUGACAAGCUUGCUGAGCUGCCGGCUCCGAGGCGGCUGCAACUACAUGAUGCUUGCGUCUCUGUUCGGAGGUUGACUGAGGACGGCGAGCCUGAUGUGUCGCUGGUGCAGGGCCUUUUCCAGAAAGCAGAGCUUGAGGAGCUAGUGCGAAUCUGUGAAGCCCGGCAAGGCUUUCAAGCCAGUCUGCAGCGGACUUCGUCCGGGGAAUUUCUCAGAGAUCGGAUGCGCACAUCGAGCUCCUGUCCCCUGCUGUGGCCGCUUUUCACCCCGCGAGAGCGGAUCCAGCAGCUCCGUAUGGAGAACGAGCAAAUGGCGGAGGCCGUUGAGGUUGAGCUGGCAGCGGUACUUAGCGCCACAAACCGGUGUGCGCAGGUGAUUGGCGUCGAUGAAGCACGGGUGGAGCCCUUGCAGCUCAUACGUUAUGAACCAGGGCAGUACUACAGGCCACACAUGGACACGCACGAGGAACCCCAGCGGAUGUCAUCAUACGCAGGCGAGCAACGCAGCCAUACGCUUCUCGUCUUCAUGACUGAUAUACCAGAAGCCGAUGGCGGUGGACAUCUGCACUUUCCCAAGCUGGGACUGCGCAUCCUUCCUCGAGCGGGCGAUGCUGUGCUAUGGCAGAACCUUGAUGCAUCGGGUGAGCCGGACCCGCAGAUGCUCCACGAAGGCGUUGCCCCAAAUACCUGUGAAAAGAUUGCCAUGAACGUUUGGGUGGCAGAGAAGCCCUUCACCCUGGAAGCCAUCACCGCCUGGUGUGCCACUCAUGUCGUCGCCUUUGUCUCAGACGGCGUCGAUGAACUGGCGGUCGCAGCUGGUGCUGCCAGAGCUGGAUUGGUUGGGAAGAGCCCGGAGCUGUUGGUGUUGGGCCUGCGCUCCUCGCAAACUCUGUGCCGCCGGGUGCCGCUCACCAUUCAGAAGGGCGACUUGCUGUCUCGUGCCGACGAUACCGUGGCCUUGUGCCUGGCCCAAAUGGCGUCAGCAGUGCUGCGACGAGGCGCACUCCACGGCCUGCAGGUUGUCACAGACCUUCCUUUGCGUUGGACUUCGUCUUCCCAAAAAAGUACAGGAAGAUAA